GCUGGAGGGUGAGCUACUGUGGCGCAGGAAAUGAAAAGCACACCGCGCCUCGCGAAGCUGGUCGGCGCGUUGUCACCUGACUUGGCAUGCCCUAGGGUGGAACCAAUCAGACAAUUCCUGCACCCUCUUCGUUGCCAUCUCAACACUACAACACAGAACCCAAAGCGACGCGAUGACGACCGCAGCCCCCGUAGGGCUCUUGCCUUCCGCUAUUGUCCUGCAAUCAAUUGUGGCAUGUCCGCUAAAGGAUCGCGAACCGUUGGCGGCCAAAUUGGGCAAAUUCGAGAAGAAACUCUUCCCGUCGAGUGAGGCCUUCGACUACGGCGUGGAGCUGAAGAAGAAGAACAUUGGAAUAAUUUUAGCCUUCAAGGAGGGAACUCAAGAGCUCGUCGGUUACCUCGUCUAUCAAAGACAGAAAAGCCUGGCCUGGCUACACAAGCUGGCCACCAUCGAGCAAGAGAGACGCAAAGGUAUCGCCAAAAGUCUCGUGGGAUUCCUGUGUCAGCAGAUGAAGAAAGGAGGCUGUCGAACAAUCGUUUUGUGGGUGGAUGAGGCUCGCAGCCCAGCCAGAGCACUGUACGCAUCCUGUGGGUUCCAGCAAAUUGAGCGGCUCACUGACUACUACGGUCCUGGGAGGACCGCUCUCAAACUGGAGUUGAAUGUCGCGGAAUGUUGAGCACGUCUCAACGAACGAACGGGUUGACAAAAUCGCCGCCUCCAACACGUACGGCCGAGAACUUGAGGGCACUGUCGUGCGAAUGCUGACACUGUGGUCUUGCAUGCGUUUGAUUAGUGCUUCGCAUUCGCUUAUGGACCUUGUGCGUGGCACGGCCGCCCCAGGAUGCAUCUUACCGGCAAAAGGAUAUACCUUUACCGGGACUCGUGCAGUUCUUGCCGAUAGCUUACAGUAGAAAACCGGAACGGAUGCUUCGUGCCUGUACGCUCAUCAACUUGGAAGUCUUUGCAAAAACGCUUUAGAUCGCAACGUACCGCACCAACAUCUCACAAUGCACGAAAGUGGGAGACAAGAGACAGAAGGCAUUCCCACAGUGGCUACCUCUCCACUUGAGCUGGCGACGC